AGAUGCAGAGCUGUAUUUCCCACUCACCCCCAACCAUAGCUGUUGGGACUGGGUGAGGAGGAGAGAAGACAAGAGGAGAGAGAAGGAGAGGAGAGACUGACGCAUAGGGAGCGAAGGGAAGUGCAGAGACAAAAGAAAGACAAGUAGAAUUAUAAGAGAUUUUGGCUUACCUCCAUGUUACUGCUGGAUCUUCAGCCCUUCCUGUGAGCUGUCAGACGCCUUUUUUUUCCCAAUAACCCCCCCGCAACUUCCCACGUUGAGCCUGCGAGGCAGGGGAGCCACAAUUGAGUUUUCAUGGCAGCGGCACUCUAGGGCUGCCAUGGCAGCUGCUGCCGCCGAUGCCUCACACCGUAUUACCGCACUGACGCCGGAGGAAGAGGGACGACGGACUGCCGUCAAACUGUUUGGGAGCGCCGCCCCGCUGCCACGGACAGAGAGAGAGCGAGAGCGAGAGAGGGGGAAAGAGAGGGAGAGGGGAGGAGAGGGCGAAGAGAUAGGGAGAGCAAGUGGGAACGAGUGUUUGGUGUGCGGGGCUCUGUUCGCCUCAGAGGAGAAGCUGCGGGUCCACGCCCUGAGUCACACGGGAGAGAAACCCUUCCACUGCUCGCAUCCACACUGUCCCAAGGCCUUCAGCUCCAAAUACAAACUCUUCAGGCAUAUGGCCACACACUCUCCACAGAAGACCCAUCAGUGCUCAUUCUGUGAGAAAAUGUUUCACCGCAAAGACCACCUUAAAAACCACCUGCAGACCCAUGACCCCAACAAGGAGGCCUUCAAGUGUGAGGAGUGUGGGAAGCACUACAACACCAAGCUGGGAUACAAGCGUCAUAUGGCCAUGCACUCUGCCACGGCAGGGGAUCUCACCUGCAAAGUGUGCAUGCAGAGCUACGAGAGUACGCCUGUUCUCCUGGAGCACCUCAAGAGCCACUCCGGGAAGUCGUCAGGUGGCACCAAGGAGAAAAAACAUCCAUGUGACCACUGUGACCGUCGCUUCUACACAAGGAAGGAUGUAAGGCGGCACAUGGUGGUCCACACAGGCCGUAAGGACUUCCUGUGUCAGUACUGUGCCCAGCGCUUUGGCAGGAAGGACCACCUGACACGCCACGUGAAGAAGAGCCACUCGCAGGAGCUGCUGAAGAUCAAGACAGAGCCACCAGAUAUGUUAGGUCUUUUAGCUUCCGGAUCCCCGCCCUGCUCUGUGAAGGAGGAGCUCAGUCCAAUGAUGUGCGGCAUGGGUCCCAACAAAGAUCCAAUGAUGGGCAAACCUUUUCCCAGUGGAGCCCCUUUUCCAAUGGGCAUGUACAACCCCCACCAUCUCCAGGCAAUGUCUAAUACGGGGGUGGGUCACCCACACCCGUCCCUAAUGCCCAGCUCCUUGUCUGCAGCUAUGGGCAUGGGCUGCCACAUGGAAUCCCCUGGACCUCUUCACCCACUCUCCCAUCACCACCACCAUCAUCACCACCAUCACCACCACCACCAUUCCCCUCCACUGMCUACCCACCACCAGCCUCCGGCUCCCCAGCAGCAGCACCAGCCCCAGCCAGCCCCCAAAUACCAGCUGGGAUCUACCUCAUACCUGCUGGACAAGCCCUUGAAAGUGGAGAUGGAAAGCUUCCUCAUGGAUCUGCAGAGUGGCUUGCCAUGUCCAGAGCCCCACGCUGCUGCCUCGCCCCCCAAGGACGGACUGGAGCCCACCUCGGGCCUGACGGAUGAGCUUUGCGGGGAUCCCCUCCUGUCCAAGAGCCCUGCGGUGAUCGCUGAGUCUCUGUGUGCUGCUAACAUGGACUUCUCCCAUCUGCUGGGGUUCCUGCCCCUCAACCUGCCCCCCUACAGCACCCCCAUGAACACAGGAGGGCUGGUGAUGGGCUACACCUCAUCUGCAACCUCCUCCUCUUCUUCCUGCUCCUCCUCCUCAUCUCUGCACGCUGCCGAGCCCCAUGCAGCUGCCAUCGCCACGGCACCUCUUACCUCUUUGCAACCGCAACCUCAGGAGCAGCAGAGCUCCAGUGGGGGUCUGGGCCUCGGACCCAUGCACCCCCUCCCCCCAAUGUUCAGCUCCAGCCUUAGUACCACCACACUGCCUCGCUUCCACCAGGCUUUCCAGUGAGAGAGAGCCGGCCCUCGGCUCAGCCCUGCGCAGCCAUGGCGGCCUCCGUGCCUUCCUCAGCUCAGCUCAGCUCAGCAUGGAUACUUCAGGUGUGGCGCUUCACAAAGCCUGAUUGAAAAGUUGGAGAAUUUGAAUUAAUAAACAAGCAAAUGAACACUUAGAAGCCUUAAAUGAAAGUGCACAAAAGCUUUUGAUUGAGCCUUAAAAGGAAGUUAAACCCCUUUGAGCAAAAAAUUAAAAGGUGAGAAAAGAAGAUAAAGCAGCUUUUAUUUGGGCUUUUCUCCCCUUAUCCUAUAGUUAUAACGACGUAUUAACCCUUCUUUUUUAAAUUUCCAUUUACCUCAACUUUUAUCCCCCUUCCAUCCCCUAUUUAGUAGUAUAGAGGGCAGGAUCAGUAGGCCAAAAGGCACGGUACUGCAUACUUUAUCAUGUAAUAAUUAAAAAAAGUCAAAGAUAUUUUUUAGUGAAGAUUGUCUGUCUUGUUGUGACCCAGAAAAAAAUAUAGUUUGAAGUGGAUAUUUUGUUUUACUUUAUUUUUCUUUUCCAAAUGUAAGAACAUUGUAGAAUGUGUCUCAUCUUGACUUUUGAACCACCCACUGUCAUGACGAGUACAGAGAGGAGAGAGAUCAGUGAAGGAAUGAAGUGAGAUAGAAAUCCAGUGAACGAUUUAAUCUUAGCUCGAAAAUCCUCCUCUUAAAACCACCAGGCUCGAGCCACAAAAGUGAGCCCUGCCUCUAAAAAAGUGCUCUUCACACGAGAUUAAAGCAACAGUCUGAUGGAAGACCCAGUUUUUUGAACAACUGAUGUGCUCCCAGAGUCAGGUCAGUUUUAAUGGAAAUAGUUCACUCAAUGAAAACCCGAGGUCCUGCCUCCUCUGCUUGCUGCCAAACACAGAGACCAGUCACACACACUUUUAAACGAGAGAAAAAACAAAAAAACAGGAAGAAAGGUAGAAGUGUGUGAGUUGGUUGAAU